AGAAGAGUGACGCUGUGUUGUUCAUGUGGGUUUACGUGCGCUCUUUAAAACUAAAACAGCGAGCAGAGCAGAAAAAUAAAUCAACACACGCGCAUUGAUAACGAUGGAAGUGAAAGAGGAAACUCAGGAAUUGAAUGAAGUGGAGGAGAGGCAACAGGAACCUCAUGAUGUCAUAACUGAAUUUUCUUUUGAUUCCAGUCAACAUGGAAAGAGUUCACAAAAAGAACAGCAUAUUGAUGACAGGAGCAUUAACAAUAAAAUGAGACGUCACACGUGCCAAAAGUGUGGAAAGUGUUUGAAAUACGCUAAAAACUUUAAGAAACAUUUGGAAACUCAUACUGGAGAGACGCGGUUCAAAUGCCAUCAUUGUGAAGAGUGUUUUACACAUGCAAAUAAGUUAAAAAUACAUUUGAGAACUCACCCUGAAGAGUGGCCUUACAAAUGCCCUCAUUGUAAAAAGCGUUUUACAAACAUGGAUGACUUUAAGAAACAUUUGGAAACUCACACUGGAGAGAUGCCAUACAAAUGCCCUCAUUGUGAAAAGGGUUUUACACAUGCAAAUAACUAUAAGAGACAUUUGAUAACUCACACAGGAGAGAAACCAUACACCUGUCUUCAGUGUGGGAAGGGUUUUACACGGAAAGAGACCCUUAAGAUUCAUGAACUAAUUCACACUGGAGUUAUGCCUUACACCUGUCCUCAAUGUGGAAAGAGUUUUAAAGAGAAAGCUCAUCUUAAGAGUCACAUAACAUUACACACUGGAGUUAAGCCUUAUACCUGUCCUCAAUGUGGAAAGGGUUUCACGGAGAAAGCACAUCUUAAGAGUCACAUAACAUUACACACCAGUGACAGACCUUACACCUGUCCUCAGUGUGGAAAGGGUUUUUUAAUAAAAUUGAGACUAGAAAAUCACUUGAGAAUUCAUACAGGAGAGAAACCUUUCACAUGUACUUUGUGUGAAAAGAGUUUUAAAACUGCAUCAUAUCUCAAAGUCCACAUGCAUACUCACAAUGAAGAAAAAUCUUUUAACUGUGAUGACUGCGGGAAAACAUUUGGCUCAGCAUAUUUCCUAAAACGACACCAGAAAUAUCAUACCAGUGAAAAGCCCUACACGUGUUCUGUUUGUGGAAAGAGUUUUGGACUGUUGGAAUAUUUAAGAAAACACCAGAAAAUACAUACUGGUGAGAAAACUCACGUGUGCUCUGAGUGUGCAAAAACUUUUUUGACAUCCAGAGCCUUGACAAAGCACCAAAAAGUUCAUACAAGAGAAAAACCAUAAACAUGAGAUUUACAUUUAAGACACACGUGAGAGGUCAUCAUGUAGAGGAACCGUAUCACUGCCCUCAAUGUGGAGAAAGUUUCACCUUAUCGAUGGGCCUAAUGAAUCAUACAAAAUCAUGUUGCAGAAAGUAAUCACCAAACUUAUUAUCAGGUUCAAAAUUCUAAUGUAAAUAAUAGUAGUACUCCAGGCUGCAUUUUACAUCCAUUCAAUUCUUUCGCUGUUGAUUCCACACAUAUGAUUUACCUACAUAGGGGGAGCAAAGUUUUUUUAACAAUAUGCAAGUCUUGCAGAUAAGGAAAAUUAGUGAAACUGUUGUGGUUUUGAGUUUACUAAAUAAGCUCAGAAUAUUAUUCACACACCUGUCUAUAAGACAUUUAUUGAUUUUUUUUUUUUGUGAAAAUUGAGCUUCGUUAUGUUUUAGUGAUUGUGCGUAAAAUAUGAAUACAUUUAAUUUUGAGAGUACUAUUCAUUUUUAUUGUUGCUAAAUCACAUUGCAAUUGUAUUUGGUGGGGGGUAGGGAAUGUGAUUAUAUAUUUCGGUAAUGCUGUUUUUUUUUGUAGUUUGUAGUAUAGAAAUCAAAAUUCUGACCAUGGUAAGUGCGUGUUUUAUGGGUUUAUCUGUGUUUAUUAUUUUACAAACUAGAAUCAAGGGUUUUCUCAGGUUAAAGUGCCCAUAUUAUGACUGCUUUUCCAUAAGUUAAAUGGAUGUAUGAGUUCCAUAAAACAUGUUUCAGAAGUUGUUUGCUCAAAAUAGCUUGUAGGAAAAGAUUCUUGCCCUCUCUAGUAGCCUCUGUUUCAGUGCAUUUCAGAUUGUGCCGUUUUGAGGUGGUCAUUACAUACUUAUGAGCUGCUGCUCCUUUGGCCACGCCCCACUACUAAUGUCAUGUGCGCACGCGCAGUUCAGACCAUAUACUGUGUAUUUUAUAUAUUAUUAUUAAUAUUUAUAUAUUAUUAUAUAUUUUAUGUAUUAUGCCAACAGAUAAAUCAAGCAAAAAAGUAUCACUAAUAAGUACAAUCCAGGGGCUGGUUGCACCAGCUGGACGUGAAAAAGUUAGGUGUAAGCCCUACGUUGGCCUUAGCUACGGCCAACGUUGUAAAACAAUAUUUAUGCCUGUUGCACCAUCUUAAACUACGACCAGUCGCAGCUACGCUAGGCGUAGACGAUGCGCGUCCUCGCGUAUGCGUUUAACCACAGUAAUAUUGAGAAGCCAUUCCCGUUUAGCCUACUAUGGUUAAAAACGUAUAUUUAUUGCCGUCAGCUAAUAGAUGAGACAUGACAGCUUUCCCUCCUCAAGUUAACUAGUACGCUCUCCCUCAAGAUACAUGGUUCACGUACAGACCCAUUAAACACCACCUGAAUAUUAACUAAACAAAAGCCUUUUACUGAACAAAAUAGGUAAUCAUUUGCAGAUUAAUUCUAACAGCUCUGGAUUAAAACAAAAUUAAUUCAAAGCUUUUAAUAAGUUCUCUACUAUGCCUUUGUAAAUAUUUAUGUAUUUUUUUUAUAUAUUGGUGUGUUCUCUCACUCCAUGCACGAAAGCACACUGCUCGCGUAUCCUGUGCAUUAGAUGUGCCAAUGUCAAAUUUCAUAACUUCUUUGGCAAAAAUAGAAAUAAAGACUUUAAACUUGCGCCUACCCUUGACUAGACAUAAGAUUUAGGUCUCAGACGUGCGCUACGCCUAGAUGGUGCAACAGGUGUAAAUUAAAGCGCAUUUUACGCCCAGACUAGUCUCACAACCGGGUGUACGCCCAGCUGGUGCAACCGGCCCCAGGAGAAAAAACACAUUACGCAUAAUGAUUGGCUUCGAGGGUAAAUUGUGAUGUAGCAGUCUCAACAAUACACUCGUUUUGCCCUGGACAAUGCUAACAUAUUCCUGUUUAUAAAACAUUUUCAAACGCAUUAUUUUCGCAAAUUACAGAAAUCGAGACCUGGCAGGGGAUGUAUACUGCUUGUGGACACCAUGCUAAUUGCUAGAAGCUAGCGGGAGGUCUGGACCGUAUUUUGGGAAAGUGAUAGAGACUCGGGGUAGGCUCGUCGGUAAGGCCUGGUCUUGGUUAGUUUGGCAAAACACUUUUAGUUUGGCAAUAAAGCAAAAGAACAUUAAACAAAAAAGAAACAAAAUACACUUUUUUUAUUUCCUUGAGACAUAAUGAUAAUGUAGGAUAUUAAUGAUGACAACAGUAUGGAGGAUAUCAGUGAAGUGACUGCUCUAUAGCUACCUGGUGGGUGGAGACCUGGGUAGUGGGGUGGUGAGCGGAAAUAUUCAAAUAGAAUGUGACGACAAGGCUAGUUACGUCACAACGGAGUUGAUUUUAAAACCGUGCAAUCUGAGACUCAAGGCAGAGGACAUUCAGAAACCAGUUUUUCACUCAAAACAGCAUGGAUGUUUUUUUUUCCACGUUUGUAUGCGUGUGGAAGCACCAGAGACACAAAAGAACACCCCAAAACCCAGAAAAAGUGAGUUUUUCAUAAUAUGGGCACUUUAAAUUUUAUUCAAAUAGUCUUUGUAUGUAAAAUUAACUGACUUAGACAUGUCUGCUUAAUGAUCUUACAAAUGUAUAGACUAUAUCAUGAAUUAGACACUGAUUUCACUUAAUUUUACUCUUGUUACUUAGUUAAAUAUUAUUUUGAGCUAGGGCUGUCACUUUUCGUUCGAAAAUCGAUUGCACAAUCGAUCGGACCAACCAAAAAAAGUUUCGAAAAUGAAAAUAGGUAAUCGAUUUUAACCAAAUAUGUACACUAUAAAUUUUAAAAGAAUGAAACAAUUAAAAAUAUAGAUGUAACAAAACUCACAAACAAGCAGAAAAAGAAAAUAAAGAAUUCCGAAAGUGCAGUAGGUGUGCGAAAGCUAGACAGAAAAUAUCCAGCAAUUUUACGCACCUAUAGUUUCACGCUUUCAAUCGCUGCAUCUAGUGUUUUGCAAAGAAAAUGGAGGACAACGUCAAUAAACCUGUGCAACACGAGAGAGCGUCGAAAUUGUGACCUUACAGGAGAUGAUGAGUUAUGACAAGGAGCCACCCUUGCGAGCUGACAGCGACCCGCUUUUGUGAUGGAAGAUUGGCAGUACGAAAUACCACCACCUUGUGCAUCUGGCAACGAAGUACCCGAGUUUUCCUGGGACAUCAGUGCGGUCGGAGUGCGUUUUCUCAACAGAUGGACAUAUAGUGAAUGGAAAGCACUCUGCUCUGGACCCCUAAAAUGUUUAUCGACUUUCCUGACCAAUAAUUUGUAAUGGCCCUAGCCUUUUUGCGCAUUUCAUUAUGCCUGCCUAGUGCCGCCUAAGUGUCGGUUAUGUUUAAUAAAAAAAAUACACAGCAUGUUCUCAACUUCAAGUAAGUCUAUUUAAAGUUUCAUUUUUGAACAGUUGUUUGAAAUGGAUCGAAUCAUUAUUUAAAAUAAUUUUUGAAUUGCCUAAAUCAUAAGCAGCCGGUUGAAGCCUGCAGUAAUGUUUUUCAUUUAUGGCAGCAGUCCACUCUGCAUAUUUUUUCGAGAAUGUAUCACUACUGUUGCUGUUUUUUAUUCUGCACAAAACUUAAUGACAAUAAAUAAGAAAUAUUGCUGACUUUGCGUUUCAGGCGCUCUCUUUACGUUUGUCUGUUAUUUGGCGUUGAAAAUGGAAACGUCUUUUUAUACAUGGAAAAUCGAUUUUACAAUCGAUUCAAUGAACACUUAUAUUAAAAAUCGAAAAUGAUUUUUUCACAAAAGUUACAGCCCUACUUUGAGCUUCUGUCCUUUACAUGGCUUAUACUUCUCUUAUAUGUUUUUGCUGUCUUUUCUCAUGCCAACAC